AUGAGGAGCCCCCCAACGGCUGUCAUGACGGUGGCAGCGCUGCUGCUGCUGCUGCUGGUAUCCCUGACGGCGGCGGCGGAGGACACGACGGCCAAGGAGAGGGAGAGGAUCCAGGAGUUGCACGAUCGGGUCUUGGCGGACUGGAAGGCAGGGCACGGCAAGAACAUCAGGAGCGAGGAGGAGAGUCGACGGGCGUUUGCCCAGUGGAAGGCCGAGUACCGCAAGAAGUACAGCUCCGCUCGCGAGGAGGAACACCGUUACGCUUUCUUCAAGGAGAGCCUCCGCAAGGUCGAUCUGCACAAUGCCGCCUUUGGCCCCAACUCAGUUUACAGCAUAAAAAACGGGCUGUUCAGCGACCGCACCGAUGAGGAGUGGCGUUUCCUGAGCCAGGGAAUGUAA